CACUUGCGUAUUGUCGUGAGGAGGCUUGUGAGGUUUAGCUGGCACGCAGCCCUUUCAGCGGGGCCAGGACGAAGAGUUAAGCCGACUCCAGAUGGAUGGAGCUUUCCCCAGCGGCACCAAAGGUGAAGGCUUUGACGCCGGCGCGGAGUACGCAGAGCAGAGAAAGGGAUUCCGAGGAAAUGCAGAGAAUGCCAAAACAAAGCUGUGUAUGAGGUGGAAAAACGGGCAUUGUAGAUUUGGUGAGCGCUGCAAUUUCGCACACGGAGAGGAGGAGCUCCGCAAGCUUCCAGCUCGAGGGAACGGCUUCCAGGGACCGGGCCCGUACGGCGGGCAAUCAGACUUUCGAGGCAGCUUUGAAGGCGGUGGAUACCCCCAGCGCAGCUCGGGGCCAGCCGGCUUCAAUAGCUAUGGGGCCGGAUACAGCGGCGGCUAUGGCGCUGGCUUCGGCAACCCUGGGCAAGGUGGGGGCCUGGGCGGCCCUUCAGUUGGCGGCUAUGGCGGUCAUCCUCGCGAGAUUGUGAGCGCUUCAAAUCCUGGGCAGCGGCCAGGGGGAGUGAACGGCCGGGGCGAUGCCUGGGGUGGUCAGGUGCCUGCGUAUGCCCCUGUGAUUGGACCAGAAGGCUGGACAGAGUACAGAGCACCUGAUGGGCAGGCAUACUACUACAACCACAAUACCAAGGAGAACACCUGGGAUAAGCCGCCAUGCUGGGGCCAAUGAGGUGCCUGAAAGUGGUUGAG